AUGGAUACUAUCAAUAUCAGAUUCACAUCAUCAAUUUCAUAUACACCGACAACAGCUGAUUUUUCGCAACAUUCAUUUUGUGAUGAUUCAACAACUACAUUAAUUGUUGAUUUAUCAACACUAGUAUUUGAUAUAUUGUCUCAUAAAACAUUAAAUAAUUCAUCACAUAUAUCAGCUAUUCAAGAAUUAAUUGAAACUGAACAACGAUAUAUUAGUGAUCUUCAUAUUUUUGCUAAUGAAUUUAUUAAACCAUUAAGUAAUGGUCGAAUUUUAAAUGAUUAUGAAAUUGAACAAUUAUUUAGUAAAACUUAUUUUAUAAUUUUUGAAGAUCAUAAGAAUGAUUCACAAGAUGUUGUUGCACAUCUUACUCUAGUUGUACUAAAAGCUCGUGAUGUAAUACAACCAAUGACAACUACAGAACAAUAUCGUAAGUAUUGUUCUCUGUCAUUAACAAUAAUAGUAUUUGAUUGCUAUUUUCUCUUAUAUUCUUUUUUAUCUCUAAGCUUUUUGAAUCUCUACUGCGAAAUAUCUACCAGAUGUAUAGUCAAUAGUUUGUAAAAAAAGGAAAAGAAGAUAUGAAUAUUUUUCUUGAUGGAAAUGAAAGAAAAACGUUUCCAACAAACCAUUUGGUAAAAAGAAUUUAUUAUGGAAUAUAUAAAAUAUGAAUAAUAUCUUCAGUAAUAUUACGU